AUCCGCGGCGGCUCCGUCCAGGUGCUUCCGGCUCCCACCGGACGGAGGCGCGCUCGGCCCCGUGCUCGUUCUCCCACGGAAGUGUGUUUAGGCGCACCGGAAGCCACCUCAGGGGGUGAGCCAUGGCGGGUUUGCCUGUUAGAGACCCUGCGGUGGAUCGUUCUCUGCGUUCUGUAUUCGUGGGAAACAUUCCUUAUGAAGCUACUGAAGAACAGCUGAAGGACAUCUUCUCUGAGGUUGGACCUGUUGUUAGUUUCAGAUUGGUAUAUGAUAGGGAGACAGGAAAACCAAAGGGUUAUGGCUUCUGUGAAUACCAAGACCAAGAGACGGCGCUUAGUGCCAUGCGGAACCUGAACGGUCGCGAAUUCAGUGGGCGAGCACUUCGAGUGGAUAAUGCUGCCAGUGAAAAGAACAAAGAGGAACUCAAAAGCCUUGGCACUGGUGCACCAGUCAUCGAGUCACCUUACGGAGAGACCAUCAACCCCGAGGAUGCCCCUGAAUCUAUUAGCAAAGCAGUUGCUAGUCUUCCACCAGAACAGAUGUUUGAGCUGAUGAAACAGAUGAAGCUCUGUGUCCAGAAUAGUCCCCAGGAAGCACGAAACAUGUUGCUUCAGAAUCCUCAGCUGGCGUAUGCUUUGCUACAAGCACAGGUAGUGAUGAGAAUUGUGGAUCCUGAGAUUGCCCUGAAAAUUCUGCAUCGCCAGACAAAUAUCCCAACGCUGAUUUCAGGCAACCCUCAGCCAGUCCAUGUUGCUGGGCCUGGCUCAGGACCCAAUGUUUCAAUGAACCAGCAGAAUCCUCAGGCCCCUCAGGCUCAAUCUUUGGGCGGAAUGCAUGUCAAUGGUGCAACUCUGAUGCAAGCUUCUAUGCCAGGUGGAGUACCUGCCCCAGUGCAAAUGGCUGCUGCUGUAGCAGGACCUGGCCCUGGUUCUUUAGCCCCUGCAGGAGUCAUGCAAGCCCAAGUGGGAAUGCAAGGAGGUGGACCAGUGCCCAUGGAAAGAGGACAAGGAACCCUACAGCACUCGCCCGUGGGACCCGCCGGGCCUGCAUCAAUUGAGCGAGUUCAAGGGCAGAGAACAUGGAUGAUAUGGGCAUCUGUCCAGAGAUCUCCUCCCUCCCUACUGGCGUCAGGAGGCUUGGCUGGAAUAGUAGUCUGUAGGGAGACAGCAGUGCCAAUGCAAGACCCCAGAGCAGCUAUGCAGCGGGGAGCCUUGCCUGCCAAUGUCCCAACUCCUCGUGGUCUGUUAGGAGAUGCCCCCAAUGACCCACGGGGCGGCACUUUAAUGUCUGUAACUGGAGAGGUAGAGCCUAGAGCUUACUUGGGACCCCCACCACCACCUCAUCAGGGCCCACCCAUGCACCAUGUUCCUGGCCAUGAAGGCCGUGGACCACCGCCACAUGACAUGAGGGGAGGUCCAUUAGCUGAGCCCAGACCUUUAAUGGCAGAGCCAAGAGGACCCAUGAUAGAUCAGAGGGGUCCACCCAUGGAUGCUAGAGGUGGAAGAGAUCCCCGAGGAUUAGAUGCACGAGGGUUGGAGGCCAGAGCCAUGGAGGCCAGAGGACUGGAUGCCAGAGGACUGGAGGCCCGUGCCAUGGAGGCCCGUGCCAUGGAAGCCCGUGCCAUGGAAGCCCGUGCCAUGGAGGCCCGUGCCAUGGAAGCCCGUGCCAUGGAGGCCAGAGGCAUGGAUACCAGAGGCCCGGUACCUGGACCUAGAGGACCUAUACCUAGUGGAAUCCAAGGUCCCAAUCCAAUGAACAUGGGGGCUGUCGUUCCCCAGGGAUCAAGACAGGUCCCAGUCAUGCAGGGAGCAGGCAUUCAAGCAGCAAGCAUGCAAGGUGGAAACCAACCUGGUGGCUUUAGUCCUGGACAGAGCCAAGUCACACCCCAGGAUCAUGAGAAGGCUGCUUUGAUUAUGCAGGUCCUUCAACUCACUGCAGACCAGAUUGCCAUGCUGCCUCCUGAGCAGAGGCAGAGUAUCCUAAUCUUAAAGGAACAGAUACAGAAAUCCACUGGGGCACCUUAAAAGGUUCUGAAAAAUACCUGGCAACAAAUCUGGAAAUAGUAAUUCCUUAACAUUGCUGAAAUGUUGAAAACAUGGUGACUUCUGCAUAAAAUUGGUGCCAGGUGGAGGACUCGCAUGACCAUUUCUCCAAACGAAAGCAGUUCAUUUUGUUGUCUUAGUUUGUAUAUUUUCUGUGAUGUUAAAUAAACUCUGAACACAAUCUUAGCAUACUGAAAAUUGAUAUAUAUAUAUAUAUAUAUAUAUAUAGAGAGAGAGAGAGAGACCCUUUUGCUUUGAAGAAGCUAAAUGCAAAAGCUUAGAUAUAUUUUCUACUCUUGCUGCAGCAUUUGUCCUUUCAUCUUAUAUUGCCAUAGCUCUAUUCUUAUGUUAGCAUAAACAUUUAUUCUUCUUAGUGAUACUUGAGUAUUUCUUGGAAGCAGUGUCUUCAGGAACUUUGUUGUGUUUGCUUUUAGCGAGGUAAUAAGACUUUGCCCUUUGCAGGGUGGUGGUGGUGCACACCUUUAAUCCCAGCACUCGGGAGACAGAGGCAGGCGGAUCUCUGUGAGACCAGCCUGGUCUACAAGAGCUAGUUCCAGGACAGGCUCCAAAGCUACAGAGAAGCCCUGUCUCGAAAAAAGAAAGAAAAAAAAAAGACUUUGCCCUUUGAAAACUUUCUAGGGUCUCUUGAGUUUUCUGGGAGAAAAGAAGCAAGUGUUUAAAGCUGUAAAAUAGUCAGAAGGCCAUCAAGCAAAGAGCAUACCACAGUAAUGUGUUUGGUUUAAGAAAAUUCAAUUAUCCAAAUGUUUUUGGUCAGUAGCAGGUCUGAACAUACGCCGUUCUGAGUUAAGAUAAAGAUUGUUUUGGCACUGGUUUGAGUGUGUGUCAACAACCCGGAGAGACUGUUGUAGAGCUCUUCUGUCUAGGUAGCCAACUUUACAGUUUACAAAGCCACUGGUUUUCCACAUGUUCAAAUUUAAUAGGAAAAUCAAGUGAGAAAAUAUAUUUUAUCCCAGUUUUUAGAAAAUUGCAAAGCUUUCAGCCCUAUCCACUAACUAAACUCAUUCCAAGAACUUAAAACAGAAAACCGUAAAACUUUUACAUUUUCAAGUCUUUUAAGAGGACCAAGUAUAGAACACGGGAAGGCCCUGUUAUGGUUGCCUGUUUUUUCCUAAGUACUACCUACUUGGAAGGUUAUUAGUGCCAUUAGCCUGUGCUAACCAACAGACCACCAUGUCUUCUGUUCUCCCAUAGUGCCAUUAAGGAGGAGCACGGUUUCUUUCCACCAGGUUAACCUCAAGACAUUUGAAGAGUUGCCUUAAUAAUUAGUAAAGUUUACUAGAACUAAUCGUGAGCUUAUUUAUAUUCUCAGAACCCUACUCUCUGUGUUAGGAUUAUGGCCAGGUGAAUUAAAAUCAUUACUAGGCACAUAAAGCACAUUGCUUACAUGCCAAAUAAAAGAACGCAAAGAUAUUAAAAUUGAGGGAUUUUCUCCAUAUAUUUACAAUGAAAAUUUGUUGUAUAUGUCAUCAAGAAAAGUGCAAAACAGCAAGCACUCCCUGCCUAUUCCACUUAUACCACAGGUUCAACUUUGAUAUUAAUUAUGCAUGUAGCUCCUUGUUUUCACAUCACCUUCUGUGUCUCCUACAUAAAUAAUAAGUCAAUAAUGUGAUGAUUUUAGCAGCUGUUAUGACUUAAAAGCACCAAUAUAUUUAGACAUAUAUAGAGACCAUGAGAAAAGUAUUUCUAGUUAGGAACUUGGGUUUUACACAAGCAAUUUCCAAUCAAGAUUACUGAGGCUGAAGUUAUUUGGUAAGCAGUUGUCUAGUAGAAACCAUAUCCUGAAAAUCCUAGUGUGCAUUUUCCCAAGGCCUCAUUAAACUUAAUAUGGUUAGCAAACAUUUAGGUGAAUAAAUUGACAUGAGCAGUGGCAUCCCAAUUCAUCCCUAUGGAUGUGUGUUUUCUGCUAUAAUUAGUACACUUAGCUACCCCAAGUUUGUGACCUGUCUCUUAUGUUGAGAUUAGUGACUAAAAAUGAUCCUGCUAAUCUUUCAAGCUAUAGCUUCCUAAGUAGUAGGAAAUGUAAAUUUGUUCACUCUUGGUAGAAAAUAAGUGGUCUAGAUUCAGUGUGCUAAAUCUGUGAAUUCAACAGUCUGAGUACAAUGAAGUGUGGGGUUUUUCGCCCUCUGAGGAGGCUGGGGCUUCUGUUUCUUGUAAUUCACCAUAACUAACAUCCCAAAGCCAGUGUGGUUAUUGUCCUGGUUGAUAGGAAAAAUAGACAUUUAGUGAAUGAUUCCUCAGUAAAUAAGACCUGGAAAAUAGUCAAAAUUAUAAAAAUCUUUAUUUUUUUAUACGAGACAUUCAAAAACUCCUGUAACAAAAGUAGUAGAGAGCUGCUGUUGAAUUAAGUUAUUCCAUGAUGGAGGCCAGACCUUCCCAUUUAAUUCAAACAAUACAAAAUGGCAGUAUAGGUUUCUAAUUCUAAUUCAAAUUUGAUUGGUUAAUAUACUUCAGAUGGAAAUUCUAGGGAAAGUAAGCAAAAUUGUUCAAUAAGCAAAGAUGAAACUUUCAGUUUUUCUUGACAAAACAAAGUGUAAACUGUUGGUCACACUGGAUAAGAUUGUGUUUAACAAUGUACCUAGUAAGUAUGAUAUGGGAGUGGGAAUCUUGGUAAUUUUAUGUUGUUUAUUUAUGAUUAUUGUUUUGUCUUGGAUUCAAUAAAUAUUUUAAAAGUCA